ACGCUAUACGCCAACGAGUUGUCGGAGUGUUCGGACGUGUGCAACCGUAGUAGCGCUUAAUUAACGCUAGUCCGCCGUUUAAACAGAGUAGAAAAAAAGAAAAAAAAAUAAAGCUAAAAAAGAAAUACCGUGUGCUAGUCAUAGCCAGCAAAUGCGGAGCCGAGAGCGCUGCGAAUCGCGUUUAUAAUUAAACGCAAGUGGAAAAGGCAAGGAAAUAUAUUAGUGUUGUAAAAAUAAAUGAAAUAAGCAAAAUAAUAGAAUCAAAGCAGAAAAUAUAAGUGAAAAAACACGAAGUGUGUAAAUAGACAAUCUAUGAAAUAGCGGCAGCAGUGACGAGCGUCUAUGCUAGUGACGAGUGCGUUUGAAAACGAGCAAAAAGUUUUGUGUUAUGUAUUUGUGAUAGCGGUCGAGCACAAAGGCAACGUGAUUUGUGAAUUAUUUGCAUAGUGCGAUAUCAAAGGCGUGUUGCCGACGAUAUUACAACAACAAAAAAUAAAAAAAAUACAAAAGAGUUACAACAAUAAAAAUUUAAAUUAAUUACAAUAAAAAUUAUAAAUAAAAAAUUAUAACAAUAGAAAUUUAAAGAAAAAAUUACAACAAUAAAAAAAUUACAAAAAUAAGAAUAAUUAAAGCCCAUUAUAAGGAAGUUAAAUAUCGCCUGUUAGACGUAUUAAGCUCCAUUAAGCGCUCAAAAGUCAUACAACAACAAUAAAUCAGCAAGCAUAAAGUGUGCAUACUACAUUUGUUGUUGUUUUAUUACAUUAAUACAUACAAUCACACGCAAAAGUAUGGCCCAUGCAACCGCCGGAAUUGCCGGCCAACGGAAUGCCGCAAAUCAGAAGGAACAACAACAACUCCCACUAUUCACGUUGCUGCAAGUUUGCAUUGCACUCUUAGUGGCCAGCAGUUGUUUGGCAAUGCCAACGGCCGUCCAGGCGAAGCAUCUCGAUGGUGCUCAUCAUUUUCAUGCACAUCAUGAACUGCAACAACAACAGCAGGAGCACCACGCACAUCACAGGCGCCGCUUACAACGCGAUUCGACCAGCAAGAUUUUAAAUACACGCGAACAAUGCAACAGCGUGCGGGAUUACUUCGAGACGAUCGACAUAAAGCUGAGUGGCAACUUUGAGGAAAAAGGUGCUCUUUGUGGCGGCCAUUGCUGCACGAAUUCAACCGAAUUGGAGCUGAGAAAGAAGUCCACUGGCGAAUUUGAACGACUUUUGCAUCACCAUACCAAUAGUCUGCGCGGCAUACUCGAAUCUACGGCGAAUCUAUUUCAAAAACAUGUCCUAGACCUUGCUGAACAAUCCGAGAAUAAGACCCUGGCGGUCUUUUCACAAGUAUACCGACGCAUGGUACCACAAUCGAGCGAAUUGAUCCAUAAACUCUACUCCGAAAUCAUGAACCAUUUGAAGAAUGCAAACAGCAACAGCAAUCUGGAAGAUGCUAUUCAUAAAUUCUUUGUGAAUCUAUUUCCGGUCGCCUAUCAUCAAGCGGUGCACUUGAGCAAGGAUAAUUACGGCGAAUUACAUGAGGAUUAUAUCAAUUGCUUGAAGCACACAUUCGACGAUCUACAGCCGUUUGGCAGCAUACCGAAGGAGAUCAAACGCAAUUUGCUGCAAAGUGUACAGACCGCGACCAUUUUCUUGAAUUCAUUGCAACAGAGCGCUGAGGUGCUGAGCGAAACUGAUCAAUUAUAUUCGCUAUAUUUGACCGACAACUGUCAGAAGCAUUUGCUCAAGAUGAGCUACUGUCCAAGUUGUAAUGGUUUGCAGAAGACACAAGUGAAGCCAUGCUACAGCUACUGCAUGAAUGUAUUCCACGGCUGUUCGGCCCAAUAUGCCGGCGUAUUGGAUAGCCCCUGGUCCAAUGUUGUGGAUGCUAUUCAGAAUUUAGUGACGACACAUAUACGAUCAGAUAGCGGUAUUGUUACCACAAUUAAACAGCUAGAUAUUAAAUUAUCGGAAACCAUUAUGCGUGCUAUGGAAAAUGGACCUGACCUAGAAAUGAAGGUUAAGAAAACAUGUGGCACACCAAAACUAUUGCCCUCCCUCACUAAAGAUGCCGAAACACGCCCACAACCACCACACAACAUUAAAUGGGCUACACCACCAGAUGCGGAAAUUCUGCACUUCCAAUCGACAAUCGAUAAAUCCAAAGAAUUCUACUCUAACAUCGUCAACAAUGUGUGUGAAGAUGAGGACAUACAACGUAAUGAUCACAACUGCUGGACAGGCGAUCGUGUUGGCGACUACACACAGCUGGUUAUGGCACAGGGUGUCGAUACGCAACGUUAUAAUCCCGAAGUGCCAUUGGAGGUCAACUCACAGUCGACGAAAUUGAACGAGCUGGUUGACAAAUUGAUCAAAGUGCGCAAAAAUAUUGGUGCAGCGGUGCCAUCCACCACACGUUCCUACUCCGAUAUUCAAAGCGAUAUGGCGCGUCACGACGAGGAGGGCUCCGGUCACAUGCCUGACGACAUGGACGAUGAAGAGUAUGGCAAUCAGAAUGGCUCCGGUGACGGUUCCGGUGAUGGUGCCACCUCGUCACCAUUCGAUCCAUUGGGCCCAACCGAGAUCACCAACAACGACAUACAGCCACGUCAAGAGAACGCGGCGACGUGUCACAGCAGCUUCGGCACAUUGCUUGCCACCGCCGCACUACUAGUCCCGAUUGCUAGCUUUUUGCUGAGCAGCAGCUAAAUGAGCGCGGCGAACAACGGCGCUCGGCAAGCAAACAGCAGACAGCAAUAAAGAGAAGGAGCAUGCGAACGAAAAGUUGUUUCACU